AUGGGCAGCUCCGAGGAGGUAGGACCCUCCAAUAAAAAUGAUGCGGUACCUGUCGUCGAGAUUCCGACGCCCAAGACCGUGGCCGAGGCACUUGAGUUGGCCCGGGACUCUCCAGAGGGUGCUGCAGACCUCCGGGUGCGCGAGAUGCUCGAAACCGAGAUGGCACGCAUUUGGGCCAAGAUCGAAGCCGCACCCAAAACCUACGUCAUGACCCAGGCCGAGUUCGCCGUCUUCAAUUACCACGGCUCCUGCGAGACACCCAACAACAUUGAUUAG